AUGGAUCCGCACAGAGAGUUGGUGGUUUUAAAAUAUGUGUCAAUUUUAUGGAAGAGGAAUGUGACAGAUAUACUGGAUUUACAAGACGGCCGUUUCUUCCUGCAUGUGCUAGAUUUACUGGACCACGGAAACAAAGACGGAAUGAAUACAGACACAGAUACAAGUCGUCUGCUGUUUGUGAAAGAGUUUCUGAAAGAUUUUUAUGGUGACAAUGUCAGACUAGAUGAGCAUCUCAACUUUAAGAUGAUUCUCAGAGGAGGAAACACAUCAUCGAUCCAAAAAAAGUUGGAGCUUGCAAAG